AUGCCUCCUAACCUUAAACGCAACGUCGUGGUCUCUCGCAGCAGCAAGAUAGUCCAAGGAGAGAUGAAACCGCGAAGCAGGCCUCCCAAACACUCCUCGCAAGUUCUAAGUACUCCGAAUGUCGUCACACCUCACCAGACCCUCCCGCCCGAGGUCCUCAUCCAGGUCUUCGAGCACGCCGUCGAGGCCGAUGUCGCGAUCAACUCUCACCUGAUUCGCAUCACGCACGUCUGUCGGUACUUUCGCGAUCUCGCGGUACACUCGCCGGCCCUAUGGACCGAUAUCGCGCUCAGGCAUCCGGACGCGGUUAGGGCUUUUCUGGCACGCAGCAAGGGUCUACCUCUGCGCAUAUCCCUCGACAUGAACACCACUUUCUCCUCGGCGAUCACAAAAGACAAGCUCACUCAAACGCUCCAGGCUCUCCUCGCGGAAUCCCGCCGCACCGUGAGCCUCAAGAUCGCCAGCUUGCUGCCCUUCGGUUUUGACUGGGUCAUGAUGGGCAUCGCGAGCGCCGCACCACAGCUCGAGACGUUGGCGAUUGAGCGGCGCCUGCCCGUCUUCGUAGUGAUGCCCCAAGCGCGUCCCACUGUUGUCGAUGGCAUGUCGAAACUGCGCUCGCUGAAGAUCUCCGGUUCCGCCCUGUACUGGCUUCCCAGAGCGCCCAACGUGCUGACGGAGAUCGAGUUCAACAACACGCUAUGCGAUGUCCACACGCUGCUGUCUCUGCUACAGUGCUGCAGCGCCUCCCUCGAACGCCUCACCAUCCGCGGUGUCUUCAAUACACCCCCGGCGCGCGAUACGCGCAGAAUCACCCUCGCGCGUCUCAAAGCCCUCCAGAUACACAGCGUCUCCCUCCGGGGACUCGCCGCGCUCCUCCCGAGCCUCGUUCUCCCAUCCGAGCACACUACCGUCUCGUUCAGCUCCCCCCGGCACUGUCACAGUGCCGCCUCGUUCGGUUACUUGGGCCCGCGAGCAAACGUGGGCCCGGGAACGUUCACAGACCUCGCCUACGCGCUCAGAGCACCGGGCCUCCUCCCGAUCGCUGCGCUCCGUCAGCUGAAGCGCGUCGAGCUCAGGUGGAACCGCCGCAGAUUGCAGACCCUGCGCGCGUACCUCAACAGCGAUGUUGAGGACCCCGCUGCGCCAGCGCUGCAGGUCCAAGCCUACGCGUCACCCACGUCCCCAAACGCGCGCUUCAUCGGCAACUGGCCCCUCAACGCGACCGACGUCGAGACCCUGGACAUAUACGGCGCCGCCGCAGAACUGCCAUUCCUGUGGCAUUCACCGUGGGGGGCGUCGUGGGGCCCGAUGCUUGCGGCAGUUCCGCGGCUGAGAACGCUGCGUAUACGGGCGGUAAGGGAGGAGCUCCUGCAGGCCAUCCUAUGCGCGCUCGCCACGAAGUUCCGGGUCGGGCAUGGUUCAGAUGUGUGUCCCCGGCUGAAGACACUCAUCCUGGCGGAGCUGACUCUUGGGGAGAAGUCUUGGAGCGCCCUGGUACAGUUGGUGUACACAAACCGGACAUACCUUGAGACGAUCAUGGUCGAGCUGCCUAAGAUUGACCCUGCUCUCGACAGGCAAAUGGCCCAAAGCAAUCAUACGGAUAUGCGCCCGGCCUGCACGGUCUCCUCGACGCCCAAUCACGACUAUGAGGAAACAGAACAAGAAGACGGCGCGGACCCUGCGCAGUGCAUGCUUCCCGAUAAGGUCUCACAGCUUCAUAUCACCCCAGAUCUCGUUGCGUCCCCCAACUCCCUCCCCCCGGAGCUGCUGCAGCUCAUUUUCGAGGACAUUGUUUAUGCCGCCGAUACCGUCCCCAAAGCAAAUGGACGGCUGAUUGACAUCACGCAUGUUUGCCGAUACUGGCGCGACGUCGCGCUACACACCCCUACCCUUUGGACGCACAUCGCGCUCACGCAUUCGGACGCCGUCAAGGCUUUUCUGAAGCGGUCCCAAGACCUGCCUCUGUACAGCUCCGUCGAGGCUACACCGGAGGCUUUAGCAAAUCCGAAACACAUGUUCAAUCAAGUGCUCCAGGCGGUCCUUGCACAAUACGGUCGUACAUCCAGCUUAAAGGUCAUCGUUUCGUGGUCGCACGCCUUCGACUCCGCCAUCGAGCGCAUCGUGAGCGCCCGCACGACGCAGCUCGAGAAAUUGUGGAUCGAGCGGCUACCAGCGCCCGACCCUCUAGUCUCCCCCGAGAACCGUCCGACCGAUUUUGACGGCGUGCCGCGGCUGCGGUCCCUGACACUCUCUGGGGAGUUCCUGCCUUGGUAUCCUAGAGGACCCAACGCGUUGACGGAGAUCAACCUGACAAGUGCGGUACACGAUGUCCACGCGAUGGUGAGUUUGCUCAGCCGCAGCCCCUCCCUCGAGCGGGUGACCGUCGGCGGCUCGUCCAACGAACACACAAGGCGCGACGCACGCAAGGUCACCCUCGCCCGUCUGAAGAGGCUCCACAUUCACAGCUACCCUAUACGAGGCAUCGCCGCGCUCCUCCCGAGCAUCGUCCUUCCCUCCAAGCACACGGACAUUUCACUCGCCAGCCCCUACCACUAUCGCAACUCCGGCGCGUUCUCGGACAUCAUGCCUGCGUACGGCGGAGCGCAGGUGCUCGACUAUGCGGUUCUCCAAGGUGUGCGGCGCGUCGAGCUCUUGGGAGGCUACGGUGGUCAGACGCUACGCGCGUACCGCAGCAGCGACAUCGACGAUCCCGCCGCGCCGGCGGUGCAGAUCAAGAUGUCGAGGUACCUGGGGACCUCCGUGGAGCGGUUCUACGUCAACUGGCCUUUCGACGCGUCGAGCGUAGAGACCCUUACCGUAUUGAGCCACCCCGAUGCGUACAGAGUAGCAUCGCGGGAGCUGUGGUGGGCGAUGCUGGCCGCGGUUCCAGCCUUGAAAACGUUGCGCGCCGAGGGGAUGGGCAACAAAAUGUCGGGCGACCUCAUCUCAGUGCUCGCGCAAGGAUCGCUGCCUUUGUGCGAUCAACUGGAAACACUCAUGUUAAAGGACGUGAUUCUGGAGAGGCCAGCAUGGAAGGCGUUGAUGGACGUCGUUGCGAGUCGAGCGCCGCGGGCGGGAGGGUGCCUCUCGUACGUUGAGCUGUCCCUGAAGGGGCCUGCUGUGUGGGCCCAGUCGACCUCGCGCAGGAUCAGGGACGCGGGAGUGGAGCUCGUCCUCAGCGCGUCCGUGCAAGAUUGA